AUGAUGAAUAAAAUUGCAUAUUCAUAUAUUGAUGAACAUUUAAUUUCUCCAUCAUUAAUCUGUCCUAUAUGUCUCGAGGUCCUUGAAGACCCUCAUACACAUACACCGUGUGAUAGCGCAUUUUGUCGUUCAUGUUUAUUACAAUUAUCUGAACCAUUUUGUCCAAUAUGUCGAUGGACAUGGGAUGACACAAUACCUCUUCAAUAUAAUAUUCAUUUACCAAAAGCUAAUCGACUAAUACGAAAUAUGCUUGAUGAUUUACUUGUACAAUGUAUUUAUUGUCAUACCGUUCGACGUCGAGGACAAUUCGAGCAUGAAUGUCAAUCAGCUGAAGAACGAUUGGUUAGAAAUGAUAUUCAAAUCAUACCAAGAAAAACAUUAGGACAUUUUCAAAUGAUUUUAUAUAUUUUAGGAACAGUUAUAUUUCUUCUAUGCAUUUAUUAUUAUCGAAAAUAUAUUUUUGAAAAAGUUAUUGAUCAUCGUAAUGAAAUAAUCAAGGAUAUUGGCUUCAAUAUUGAUUAUUUUUUAUUAGAAAAAAUAUAUUACUUAAUAAGAAAAAUAGUUGAAUAUUCAAUGACAAUAUUUAUUAUGAGUAUUUGUUUUUGGUUUAGUAUAAUAUUUUUUGGAGACCAUUUUACAUCAAGAAAAAAUAGUCGAAUAUUAAAAACUCUUCUUGAAACGUCAAUUAUUAUUAAUCUUAUUGCUUAUUCAGUUUCUAAUUAG